GUGCUUGGGAGCCAUGGAGCUCCAGGUGGUGGCACCUCGCUAGAGAGUGCAUUUUCCGCCCUGUGGCGAUUUGCCAUGGGACCUUCCUCUUACAAUCCAACGUGGACCCCAGUCACUUCUUUGUCUUUCCGUCGACCGGAGCUGUUCAUGGAAGAGAUACUGUGCUGGUCACUGGAAUCGAGGGACAGGUUGCGAACACACAUACGCACACACACCUUUGCGAGUAUACAUUUAUCUUUCAUCGUCAUUUACGACACCGCAUCCCACUUUCUUCUUCCCCGCACAUCCUCGCCUUGUAGAGGAGCCCCCUCCCUGAACAGGGAUCCUGCAGACUACUAUUCAGUGCAAUUUUGACACCAGUUGGUGUGCAUCUUGUUUUCAACGAGAAAGAUGGGUUCGAAGGUAUGGAUGUGUUUGUUACUGGCCAUUUCAGCAGUAGUUGCUUCUGCAGCUGUGGAGGAUAGCCUUGAAACUCCGCAAUAUACUGUGGUUCAUGCGGAAUCGGACUUUGAGAUCCGGUUGUACCGUCCGUCUACGUGGGUUUCUACCCCCGUGGAUGAUAUUUCAUUCGGCAAGGCGACACAGAUUGGAUUCCACAAGUUGUUUCAAUAUAUACAAGGCGCCAAUCUCAACAACACUCGUGUGGAAAUGACCACCCCUGUAUUGACAGGAAUAGUGCCCUCUGCUGGGCCAUUCUGCUCCUCUGCAUUCUCCAUCCGAUUUUACGUGCCGAGUAAGUUCCAGGACAACCCACCUCUUCCCCUCCUCGACUCUGACCUCACAGUUGAGAACUGGGACGAGAAAUGCAUCGCAGUGCGUCCAUUCUCGGGCUUUGCCAAGGAUAGCAAUGUCGCUCAGGAAGCAGCUGCUCUAGAAGCUAGUCUUCAGAAGACGAAGUGGGCUAACGUUACCGACAAUGAGCCAAAGGAUGGUGAGGAUGCUUACACCAUUGCUCAGUACAGCAGCCCUUUGAAAAUCUUGGGCCGUAUUAAUGAGGUGUGGGUGAGCUUUCCAUCAAGCCAUGGCUGCCACGCAGAGCUUCUCCGCACCAAAGCUGGUCGAGUUGCACCAUAAAUCUCAUACCAGGGAUUUCUUAACCUGGCUUUGUCACUAAAUUUGUAAUUACUGUUGGUUGUUCUUAGCGAGGGAUUGAGUUCAGGAAAGAUGGAAUGCUUCUUGAGCAUUAUCUUGAGUGGAUCGAUUAUCGGACCAUGUGUAUGUGGAAUUUAGAACUUGGAAUAGAUGAAAACUUUGGACAUCUUCAAA